AUGGCGGGCGUCGGCGACGCUGCCGCCCCGGGAGAAGGCGGCGGUGGCGGCGCGGACGGCCCGGAGCGAGACCGCCGCGGCGAGGCGGAGCAGCCGGGCGGCGGCAGCGGCGGCGGCCAGGGGCCCGCGCCGGCGCCUCAGCACACGGAGACGCUGGGCUUCUACGAGAGCGACCCGCGGCGGGAGAGGCGCCGCGGCCGCGCAGAACUUUCAUUGUUGAGGUUCCUCAGUGCUGAACUAACAAGAGGGUACUUCCUUGAACAUAAUGAGGCCAAGUACACAGAACGAAGAGAAAGAGUGUACACUUGCAUGCGAAUACCGAGAGAAUUGGAAAAGCUCAUGGUGUUUGGGAUCUUCCUGUGCCUGGACGCCUUCCUGUAUGUGCUCACCCUGCUGCCACUGCGCGUCUGCCUGGCGCUCUGCAGGCUGCUCGCUCUGCCUUGCUACGGCUUGAGGGACAGACGUUUGCUCCAGCCUGCCCAAGUCUGUGACAUUUUGAAGGGUGUCAUUCUGGUACUCUGCUAUUUCAUGAUGCACUAUGUUGACUACUCCAUGAUGUACCACCUGAUAAGAGGCCAGUCUGUCAUCAAGCUCUACAUUAUCUACAACAUGCUUGAGGUGGCUGAUCGUCUGUUUUCAUCAUUCGGACAAGACAUAUUAGAUGCUCUCUACUGGACGGCGACAGAGCCCAAAGAAAGGAAAAGAGCCCAUAUUGGGGUGAUUCCUCACUUUUUCAUGGCCGUUCUCUAUGUCUUUUUGCAUGCAAUUCUCAUAAUGGUUCAAGCAACAACUCUCAAUGUCGCUUUUAACUCACACAACAAGUCCCUGCUUACUAUCAUGAUGUCUAAUAAUUUUGUUGAAAUUAAAGGAAGUGUUUUCAAGAAGUUUGAAAAGAACAAUCUCUUCCAGAUGUCAAAUAGUGAUAUUAAGGAACGAUUCACAAAUUAUGUGCUUUUGCUAAUAGUGUGUUUAAGAAACAUGGAACAGUUUUCUUGGAAUCCAGAUCAUCUCUGGGUGUUAUUUCCAGAUGUUUGUAUGGUGAUUGCAUCAGAAAUUGCUGUGGAUAUUGUAAAACAUGCCUUUAUCACCAAGUUCAAUGACAUUACUGCAGAUGUCUACAGUGAAUAUAGAGCCAGCCUUGCGUUUGACCUUGUUAGCAGCCGACAGAAAAAUGCGUACACUGACUACAGCGACUCGGUAGCACGGAGGAUGGGCUUUAUUCCUCUCCCUCUGGCUGUCUUGCUCAUCAGAGUUGUCACGAGCUCAAUUAAAGUGCAAGGAAUCCUGUCUUAUGCCUGUGUCAUACUCUUCUAUUUUGGGCUGGUAUCCCUGAAAGUCCUGAACAGCAUCGUGCUCCUGGGGAAGGCGUGCCAGUACGUCAAGGAGGCCCGGAUGGAAGAGAAGCUGUUUAACCGCCCCCCAGCCAGCGCGCCCGGCCAGCCGUCCAGCAAAUCUCAGAGCAAACGCAGAGCUUCCCCAGGCCUUUCCACGGAAGAAAACCUGUCUGCCUCGGUCACCAGCCAGCCUACACGGCCGAAGGAGGACAUCAUACCACUACUAGUGACCAGCAGUUCAGAUCAGUUUCUGACAACGCCGGACGGUGACGAGAAGGACAUAACGCAGGACAGUUCUGAGUUGAAACACAGAUCCUCAAAGAAAGAUUUGCUAGAGAUUGACAGGUUCACGAUCUGCGGAAACCGCAUCGACUGAACUGCGACUCCCUGUGCUGACGAUGCCGGGCCCGGGGCAGCGGACGCUGAGCCGCCGGCUCGGACAGAGGCUGAGAUGGCACUUAAAUAUUUAUUUAAAAACUUAAGUUAUUGCUGGCAAGCAGAUCUUAGUCUUUCCUCCGGUGGCGUGCUCUGGCCGCGGGCCGGAUCAGGGAGCCGCGGCAGUCCCCGGCCUGCGCUCCAGGAGACCCAGCCUGCUCGGGCACGCAGCAGCACUUCUGGGCCCGAGAGGCCGAAGCAGCAUCCCAGGCUCUUUGGCUUUGUCAGUCUGACCUUCCAGAAUGUUGCAUUUUGCCUCAAGGCCUCUCCAGUAUAAGGAAAAACCUGGAAACUGUGAAGCUUUUACCUUUCCAGUCUCACUGUUUUCACAAACAGUUUCCAAACUGUACUUCAUCUGCCAAAGCAUUAAAAAAAUUAUUAAACAUAAGUCAAGAUACACGUUCUUACCACCAGAAUAAUCCUCGAAGACAUAUCUGAAUUAAUCAGAAUAAAAGGCUACCUUAAGUAAGACAUAAUGAAUAGUAGCAUUUUAUAGAAAACAAAAAAACGAACCCUAAGGCAGUUCAUUUAUUUAAAAGAAAAAAAUUUAAAUGAAGGUUAUGCCUUAGUAAGGAAAUGUUCCAUACUUUUUCAGUUCAUUCUUUCAAACUAAAUAGGAGAUGUGUGUCGUGUAACUGCAGUGGAUGGGACAGAAAUUUGCUGACGACAAAAGCACUUUUUGUACUGGGAGUGCAGAGCCCUGUUAACUUUAUGUACAGUUAACUGGUUUCAUUUUAAACCCGCUUAUUUCAGAAAUGAUUACAGCUGCAGAAAUCUGGUGUUGGAUAGGUUAAAAAUCUGUCAGUGUGCAAAAUUCAAAGCUGUUGAUUUUAACUGGAUGUUUCUCAGUAAGAGUUGUAAAACAAAUCUCCCAAGUGUGAUGGGCAACAGCCUCUCUCCCGGGCUUUCAAAAGGCACCCGUCCUGUCUGGGUGCCCUGUGGGUGACCCUGGCCGGGCUCCGAGACGGGCUGUGAUUGCUGGGCCUGCCUGGGCUGGGCUGGGAGGCCCAUGUCGGGGAGCAGCUGUGUGCAUGGAGAUGGGCUGUUUGGGGCCUGGGCUGGCUGGCAGGAUGUGCGGAGCCGUUUAUGUGUGGAUGUUGGGAACAGCAACCAAAGGUGCUUUUUGGUUUUGUGCAAGAUCAAGGUGUCCAUUUCCGCCCGGUUACCCGUCUGUGGCCCGCAUCGCAGGAAGGGUUACUCUGCACCCCACUGUACCUUCGCCGUCCUUCCCAUGUUUGUAUAAACAUCUUAUAAUUCCAGCUGUUCAGAAAAUGGUUCUCGUAACUGUCACUUCCUUUGCCAUGUUGAAGUUCAGUUCUCACACUGGUGUCCAGGCACAGGAGGCAAACUCUAGGGGUUUCACCACUUCCUGUGAAAGCAAGCUUCCAUGUUUGGCUUGUUCAUUUGACCUAGAAAAGCGAGUUCAGCGUUGCAUUAACUCAGGAGACCUGAAGAUUGGCGUUGAGGAAAGCGUACCGACAUGCCUUUGUGAAGCCACAAAGUAUUUUUCAAGUUAAAAAUGGAAACUUUAAUGCUUUGCCUAUGUUUCCGGGGGCCCCAUUCGUAAAUUAUUGUUCUGCUUUCCAUCUGCCUUUCACCAGAGAAGCCCGUGGUGAGUCGGAGUGGUUGGGGAAACCUCUGCCAAACGAGGCCGCUGGUGAGGGCUGGAGCACGGGUCCGGGUCACUUCCAGGCCCGAGUGAUGCCGUUAGUGUGCGGUCAUUGGGGAGGGUUCCCUUUCCUUCGCAAAUGCUGUUGGGAGAUCGGGAUGAUGUUCACUUCUGUUAUAAUGGCAUUCAGUACUAAUUUUAUAAGUGCAUCUUGUGUGAAACUCAAUAAAUUCAAUUUUGUAAUCUUUUUUAAAAA